CGAAGUCGAACGCUCAAGCAGAGACGUUGUCAUAGUAACGGUAAUCCAACGUCAUUUCCUCUCAUUUAAAAACCCUCGAGCCAUCAGUAGAAGUGUAGCCUGAGGUAAAUAAGUGCAAGAGAUGAUUGUUGCUCCCCCUCACCGUCACUAACAAAACUGAGGUAGACCUCCAUACCUCUGAACGAGACAAAGAGGGAGUUUUUGAAUUGCAUCCCUAAAAACACCGGGCGUUUGGAUGGUAUGGCUGAGUCGAACAGCGCGAGUUUUCCUCACACGACACCGAACGGGUCCAGUCGCCAUGAGAAGAGUUUGGGUCUCCUCACGGUCAAGUUCGUUACUCUGCUUCAAGAGGCCAAAGAUGGAGUGCUGGAUCUCAAAGUGGCUGCAGACAGUUUGGCAGUCAAACAGAAGAGGAGAAUCUAUGAUAUCACCAAUGUUCUGGAAGGCAUUGGGCUCAUUGAAAAGAAGACCAAAAACACCAUUCAGUGGAAAGGGGAGAGUUCAGGCUGCCAGCCUCAGGAAGUUCUUGAGCAGGUAGAACUUCUCAAGGCAAAUAUUGCUGAUCUGGAGAUUCAAGAGAGAGAACUGGACAUGCAGAAAGCGUGUCUGCAACAAAGCAUCAAACACCUGAAUGAAGACCCCUCCAGCUGCAGAUACAGCUACGUGACGCAUGAGGACAUAUGUGAUGCAUUCGGUGGGGAUACUCUUUUAGCUGUCAUGGCACCAUCAGGAACACAACUGGAGGUCCCAGUGCCUGAGAUGGGCCACAAUGGUCAGAAAAAGUACCAAGUGAACUUGCGAAGUCACUCGGCUCCCAUCCAGGUGAUGCUGAUAAACAGAGAGACGAGCUGCUCCAAGCCUGUUGUUGUCCCCGUGCCACCUGUAGAUGACAUUUAUGCCAUGCCGACUCCUCCUAGUACUCCAGCAGGAGUGCAGAGAUUCCCCAUCUCUUCAGCGGAGUUCUGUGACCUGAAGCGUGGGCCGCUCAAAAGCCCCUCUGCAGAGCACCAACUCACACAGUCCUCCACGUCACCCGACAUGCACAUGGAAUGCAACUCUGAGUCCCCUGUCAGUCAGUGUUUGUUGAUGCAGGGGUCUCUAGGUGGUCCUGAAGAACAGCAGAGGGAGAUGGGGGGUCAGGAUCUGCAGUCCAUGCUGGAAGAAAUGAGGGAUGAGAGAGAAGGUGUUUCUAACCUCAUUGAUGAACUGAUGUCUUCAGAUGUUUUCCCCCUGUUAAAGCUUUCACCCAACCCUGGUGUGGAUUACAAUUUCAACCUUGAUGACAACGAGGGAGUCUGUGACCUUUUUGAUGUGCAGAUUCUUAAUUAUUAAAGCAUGAUUCAUGCCACACCGGUCCACACUUGCUUUCAUAGGACAAAAGCGGCGGUAAUGAGCCCCCCCCACUGCCAACGGCUG